AAAAUAAAAAUAAAUUUCCUCCUUCGAUCCAUAUAUUUAUUUAUCAAUUCCUCCAAAAAUGGGCAAUGGAUGUUACACAUCAAAUCUAUUGACAAUCAAGGUUAUAUUUCACGAUGGAACGACGAGGAUGGUGAUCGGAAAAAAGCUAGCUGGGGAGAUAAUGUUUGAGUACCCCGAUUGCAUGGUAUGUCAUGCGGACUCAUUUUUCAUUGGUCAACCAAUUCCAUCGUUAGGUAUCGACGAUAAGUUAAAAAAUAACGAUACGUACUUUGUUCUUCCACUUGAUUCCUUCACAAACAAAGUGCUUUCGGCUUCUUCUCUAGCUACCUUAGGUAGUAAUAAUAGCAAUAAUAAUAACAAAAGAGGUCAUGUUAACUUCAAAAAUCCUGCUUUUGAAUAUAUAAAGGGAUCAAAUGGUAGGGUUUUGAUUAAAGUCGCGCCGGAGUUUAUGAUCAAGUUACUUCAAAGAGGAAAUAAGGAGGAAGAUGAGGAUUGUGGAUCUACUAGUAGUACGAGCCCUAGUUUUUUGUGUAGCACACCUGAGUUGAGGAAGCAUUACGAACAAUUGGUUGGUGCAAAAGGGCAAGUAUGGUCACCUAAAUUAGAUACUAUUUCUGAAUAUAAGAUUAGGUAUUCACCUUGUAGAUUGAUUGGAUUGGAAUGGAGAGAGAAAGAAUAGUUUUUUUUUUUUGUUAAAUUGUGAUAUAAUUAGACUCUUUUUAAUUUAUUCCUUUUGUUUUCCUUUUAAUUUUAGAAUUAAAGGUUGAUUUUGCAUUAAUUCUCAGCAAAAUCUCAAAAUUGUAAUUGUCUUUAAGGCUGUACAAAGCAAUAUUUAUUCAUUUAUAUAUAUAUCAUGUUAGUUUUUCAAA